AUGGCUUCAAAUGGUAUCCCGCACCCUGGGCUCGCAUCUCUAACAUCCCUAGCAACAUCUUUUACCGACAACGGUAACCCUGUCCUAUCAAAACCUCCAACCCAAUAUACUCAACGUCCCUCCCGUCUUACCAAAGCCCAGCCCGCAAACUCAAAGAUCGCAACCCGUUCGAUACCUGUAUCUUCAGUAUCUGAGUUACCGAAAUCGCGUAUUCUCCCUACUGCUCGUAAUAUUUCCAUAUUCUCGACGCUGGGGACCGCGUGUAUCAUUGCCUGUAUUGCAUUGGUGCUUUUGAAGAAUGUUAAUAUAUGGAUUACCCUCGCUGCAUGUUUUUGCGGUGUACUGGGUGCGGCGCUGUAUAUCGAGGUAGCGCUGCUGGUCAGCGCGAGGUUUAGAUGUAGGAUCUUGGAUGAGGAAUGUUCUAUCGCGGAUAUGAUAGAAUCGAAGCAAGAUAGAAGACGGAAAGGGCUAUCAUGGGAUCUGAGAGGUAUUGGGAAGAAAAGCAGCGAGGAAGAAGGAAGAGGAGGACAAAGUGAGAAGGUUGGUCCGGAUGCUAUGGAGGAACGGAGCCAUCCUGUAGCGAAUCAAGGCUUGAAAGGUGGCCCGCCAUCCAUGACAAGCAUAAAUGAGGAGACUGAGGCUGAAGAAGACGAUUAUGAUGAGAAGGACGUUACCAUAGAGGUGGCGAUCCAGAAACCCAUUCCAGUUGCGACUUCGCUCCCGGUCUAUAGAGUAUAG